AUGACUAUCCGAAGUGGCCCAAUGCGACCCCCAAACACCUCCCAGACUACGCUUGCAGCGAGCGAUGUAUCCGCAAACGUGUCUCCAAUACCUCUGUCUACCUCGCACAGCCCUAUUCAGUACAUCAAACCCGAACCUAUAAACCGCGUCGAUGAUAUCCAGGCUGCUAUGUCUGCACAAGAUCUGAAAAGGAAACGUCAGUGCGUUGAGACGGGAGUUUCUCUCCCUACCAGCACUGCACAGAAUCCCAGCCCAAGUUCAAUGGAAUAUUUCGCUCCUGUUUACGUGGCAGAGCCUCCUUUUAUACCGGAAGCCUACCACAAUCUUCAAGGUUUCCCAGCACAAGCUGAUUCCACCCCAGCACAACCCCCCCCCGAGUCAUUCGGGGAGGACAUGGACGCCUCUGCGUUCCCUUACUAUUUCCAUUAUUAG